GCAUAACAAGAGAAAGAGGAGAUCGGUAACAUGUCUGAUUGGGGACCAGUUUUUGUCGCGGUGACCCUUUUCGUGUUGCUUACUCCAGGGCUGCUGAUUCAGAUUCCAGGGGGAAACCGAGUUGUUGAGUUUGGAACAUUUCAGACAAGUGGUGUUUCGGUUAUUGUCCAUACCCUAGUCUACUUCACUCUUGUUUGUAUUCUCUUGAUUGCUAUCCAAGUUCACAUGUAUAUCGCCUAGUCUAAUAAAAUUUUAAAAACAACCUCUCCAUUUUCUGUACUGGUUUAUUUUAGAAAUUUAUUUCACUUCAAUUGCGUGUAAAUCGCUAUUUUGUUUGGUAUAAGUAAACAAAGUGGUCUCGAAGCUACUAAAAUUUUAUUUCACUUGAC